AGCUUCGCAGCCGCCGGCGCCCGUAGAGAAGAGACUGCGGAGUCCACACCUUCAAACUCGCCCUAGAAGUCUCAGGGUGCGGCGGGGUAGGGGGCGGGAGGGUCUCCCAAUUCCUCACGGCCUCCACUUCUAGGCGGGUGGUCUCAACCCCUGUCCGGGGACCGGUGCCAAUGACCCUAGUGGUGGUUUCGCUUUCUCCUCUGCCGGCGGCGUGAAACGUGUGCCCGCAGCGUGAUGGGCAACCAGGUGGAGAAACUGACCCACCUAAGUUACAAGGAAGUGCCCACCGCCGACCCGACGGGCGUGGAUCGGGACGAUGGGCCCCGCAUCGGGGUCUCCUACAUCUUCUCCAAUGACGACGAGGACAUGGAGCCGCAGCCGCCGCCCCAGGGGCCGAAUGGCGGGGGCGUGGGUUUGCCCGACGGCGGGGACGGGCCGUCUCUGCCCCGGCCGCAGCCCUAUGACCCGCGACUGCACGAGGUGGAGUGCUCCGUGUUCUACCGCGAUGAAUGCAUCUACCAGAAAAGCUUCUCGCCGGGUUCCGCGGCGCUGAGCACCUACACCCCCGAGAACCUGCUCAACAAGUGCAGGCCUGGCGAUCUGGUGGAGUUCGUGUCGCAGGCGCAGUACCCACACUGGGCCGUCUACGUGGGCAACUUCCAGGUGGUGCAUUUGCACCGGCUAGAGGUGAGCAACAGCUUCCUGACGGACGCAAGUCAGGGCCGGCGCGGUCGCGUGGUGAACGAUCUGUACCGCUACAAGCCGCUGAGCCCUAGCGCCGUGGUGCGCAACGCGCUGGCGCACGUGGGCGCCAAGGAGCGCGAGCUGAGCUGGCGCAACUCGGAGAGCUUCGCCGCCUGGUGCCGCUACGGCAAGCGCGAGUUCAAGAUCGGCGGCGAGCUGCGCAUCGGCAAGCAGCCCUACCGACUGCAAAUCCAGCUCUCUGCGCAGCGCAGCCACACGCUCGAGUUCCAGAGCCUGGAGGACCUGAUCAUGGAGAAGCGGCGCAACGACCAGAUCGGGCGCACCGCGGUCCUGCAGGAGCUGGCCACGCACCUGCACCCCGAGCCGGACGAGGGCGACAGCGACGCUGCGCGGACUACGCCGCCUCCCGGGCGCCUCCCCGCGCCGGGCCGGGAGGAGGAGGACCGAGAGGCGGUGGUGCACUGACGGGGGAGCUGAGAGAGGAGCUGUUUGCAGCAGCCGCUGCCCGUGCCCGCUCCCUCCUCUCGCUCCCUCCUCCACCGCCUUCUGGGCCCCAUCUGGGCUCCUGGGCCAUUUGGAAAACGGAGAGUUGGCGC